UAUUUUACAACGAACCAGUUCGAACCAAAAGAAGGUCUUGCAUUCUCUGAAAGAGUCUCUGCCAAGAAUCACCCUUGUGCAUCCCAGUGUCUCCUUCAAAAUUGCUGAUAUUGAAAGUGAGGAUGACCUGGUUUGCACAAAUGCUUCUCCUUCUCCGUUGCCACAAUUGUCCAGUGGGUUUGGGAUUCAUCUGAGCUCCCUUAACAGAUUGAAUGCAAGUGAUGGUUCAUUCAAGCUCUCAGGAUACGUUUCAGAUAUCAAUUCAAGAUUUGUUUCCAAAGGACCAAUACAUAAAUUACUUAAUAACAUAGCUAUGAGUUUUCACAGUGCUUGUGACAUUGAGAAGCGAAGUAGAUCUCAGAUAUAUCCACUGUUUCUGUUUAACUUAAACUGUCCUAAAUCUUUAUAUGAUUCGACUUUGGAGCCUUCAAAGACCUCUGUGGAAUUUAAGGAAUCUCUUGUGGUAACUAAAUGGUUCUUAAUGUUACUUGUAGGAAGAUGCGAGGAUUGGCACCCCGUCCUUCUCUUUAUUGAGGAUACUGUCACGAAUCUCUGGACUGUAAGUACCGAUAUUCUGAGAUCAGUAAAGGCAGGUGCAGAGCUCAGAGUUGCAAAGCUACACUUGAACUUCCUUCCCUGCUGCCAAAGAAACUGACUGGAGAAUGCUCUGUCAGAGAGAUAUUCAAUCUUCUUCUGAUAUUCUGUGGGGAAGUGCUUCUGAAAAGCAUGAUCCUGGGUCCAGAUUCCUCUGUCAGAUUGAAAGUUCAAGUCGGUCAAAUUAUGGAUCUCUUGCUCAUUGCACAGCCGGUGUAAACUGGAGAUCCAGAAGCUCUGUGCAACCCCUUUCAUCUAAUGCUUUAGCUAGGAUGAUUUCCUUGAUAACAAAUUCCUGGAUAGCAAAAUCAAUGCUUCAGCUAGCUCCAGUUAUAAAUCAGAAAAUCUGUUAGGUUCAGGAUGGGAGGAUGAGUCUCAAACAAUUGUAGCUGGCAAAUCAACAGACGAUACCUCAUUUAGUGAGUCAGUUGAACUUGAUGACAGUACAAAAUUGAUGCAUGAGAGUAGGAAACCAUUUAUAUGCGGAUCUGUUCUUUUCACAGAAGCCUGAUACAUGAUGGAACAUCUUUUGAUAUUGAUGAAGACAUAAGUUUGAAAAAGUGACCACAGUACUAAACAAAAUUGCCUUGAAGAUGGUGUUGAAUUUAAAGUAGUUGAUAAUAUUAACCAGAUCUUAAAAUCAGAGAAAGUUCUCCAGGUGCAAAACUAAGGCAUUGCAGA